AUGACCAAGGGUCGAUCUAUUCGUGUUGCAGGUGCCUCUGGGUCUACCUCGGACCGGCGCAAAGCGAUUGCUGAUUUCGCGCGUCACCAUCCGACUGACCCAAUCGAUGUGAUCAUUGCGGACUUCAUGAGCGAGUACAAUAUGGCCACCGCUGCGGGUCGGCGCGUGGACCAGACCAGCUCGCAGCCUGCUUAUGAUCUUUCGUUCCUGGAGGCUGUUGAGCCGGCCCUGGAGGAUUUGGCUAAGCACGGUAUUAAGCUUGCGGUCAAUGCUGGAGUCACUGAUACGAAGGGUCUCUACGAGGUGGUGGUGCGCAUGGUGCAAGCAAAGAAGCUGGAUUUAAAGGUCGCAUGGGUCUCUGGGGAUGAAGUCUUGACUAGCCUCCAGAAAGGACUGACCUCUGGGUCUGAGUUCCGCAAUAUCUACACUGGCGAACGAUUGGCAGAUUGGUCAUUUGAGCCGAUUUAUGCCCAGUGUUACCUCGGCGGCCUAGGCAUUGCAGCCGCAUUCGCAGAGGGUGCUGAUAUCGUGCUCUGCGGACGAGUCUCUGAUGCUUCGCCUGUCAUCGGGGCUGCUUAUUGGUACCAUGGGUGGCAGCGCGAGGACCUCGACAAGCUAGCCAACGCCUUUGUGGCCGGGCAUCUUAUUGAAUGUAGCAACUACGUUUGUGGUGGGAACUUUACAGGUUUCAAAGCACUGGAGCAAGCGGGUGGAGAUGCCUGGACUAACAUUGGAUAUCCCAUCGCUGAGAUAUCUGCCGAAGGCGAGGUUGUGAUCACCAAGCAAGCGCAUUCUACCGGUGGCGCGGUCACUGUUGAAACUUGCACUUCACAGCUGCUCUAUGAAAUCCAAGGACCUUGGUACUACAAUUCCGAUGUCACAGCGGUCCUCGAUGGCAUCUAUUUCGAAAAGCGAGGUGUCAACAGGGUUGCUGUCCUUGGAGUUCGGUCUAGUCCUCCUCCGCCUACCACCAAGGUCGGUAUCACCGCACGGGGUGGGUUCCAGGCUGAGGCAUGGUGGUUCUUGACUGGCCUGGAUAUUGAAGCCAAAGCACGCAUGCUGGAGGCACAGAUCGUUCGACAACUGGCGCCCUUUUCAGAUCAAUACACAUCUCUCAACUUUGACUUGUUGGGCUCUGCUUUUCCCGAUCCUCACGACCAGAACCGCGCCACCGUCCCCUUGCGCAUUGUCGUGCAGGCACGACGCGCAGAGGACAUUGCACCCACUCGUUUCCUGAAGCCAAUUUCGGAUAACAUCAUGCAAGGAUACCCUGGUGCUACCUUCCACUUGGAUAUGCGUCAGGGAUUCCCCCGUGCGGUCUUCGAGUACUAUGUUAGUUUAAUGCCGCAGUCCGCAGUCCAGCACCGUGUUCACAUGCCUUGGAAGCCGACAGCAUCUACGCAGACACUGGACAUUCCACCCCCACCCAACACCAAGACUUACCCAGCACGCCAGCCAUCGCAGCCAGUCACACAGACUAACAAGCCUGUCGACCUUGCCCGCGACUUUGGGCCGACAACUCGCGGUCCCCUUGGCUGGAUUGUACAUGCCCGUUCAGGGGACAAGGGGGCUGAUGCCAACUGCGGCUUCUGGGUGCGGCACCGCGAUGAGUAUCAGUGGCUAAGGGUGUUGCUGUCUGUAGAUACGGCGAAGGUACUACUGGGAGACACGGGCCGCCAACAACCUGACCUAGCCAUUGAACGCUUUGAGUUACCCAGUCUGCAUGCCGUGCAUUUCUUGUUCCGCAAUCUGCUAGACCGAGGCGUCGGUGUGACUACCACAGUCGACUUUCUAGGAAAGAAUGUGGCGGAAUACCUCAGAGCGCGCCACGUCGAUCUUCCGAUACGGUUUUUAACCCGCGGAAAGCUGUGA